AUGAGAGGGAGGAAGAAGAAGAUGAUGAUGAUGAUGAUGAUGGAAAAUAUCAAAGGAUAAACAUACAAACAUGUAAACAAUUUCAAUCUGUUUUUAUCUCAAUGAUAAUAUUACAUUGAAUUCAAUUGAUUGUUUGUUUAUAACUUGAUGACAAUUUAAACUAAUCGUUGGAAACUUUUUUGUUUCAAAGUGAAAGUGAUUUUUUGUUAUUAUUAAUUGUCCAAUUAAAGUGAUUAUUUCUCAAUAGAAUAUUUUUUUUACAAUAUAACAUUUAUCUCUUUCCAACUGACCAACUGAACUUUUUAAAAGUUCAUAUCAUCAGAAUCAAUGGAAACUGUCAACGGAAUCACAACAACAACAACAACAACAUCGACAACAGAUAAUAACAGAAUCGAUAAUAACGAUUCUGAUGAUGAAACUUAUGAAUAUGUUUCUUUAGCUGAAAGAAUUUCGAGUUACCAAAAGAAACUCGAAGCUGAACAAAGGAAACUCGAGAAACCAUGUCGAACUAAAUCUGACUAUGGAAGACCCUUGGAGGGAUCGCAAACACAAUUAAGAGGAAUCAAGGCUUACGAUACAAUCGCCCAAGAGAUUAGGGAUUUAUGUUCAUUCAUUGAAACAAAUGGAACCAAAAAUGAGGACAAUCAAGUGACAAUUACAUUUGGUCAAUUGUUCGAGUCUUAUGAAAUGUUAUCAAAUAAAUUAGUUGGAAUCUUAUUGAGAGCUUGUAAACAAGGAUUCGUUCAUUUCGUCGGUGAAAUUUUGUACCAACGACGAGAUGAAAAUGUCGUUAUAACGUUGAUUAAAAUGCCACCGGAAGAUUUUAAAUUAACUUAUUAACCAAAGCAAUCAAAUUAAAUUGGAGAAAAUUAUAUGAAAUAAAUGAAUCAAUCACGUUAAUUGUGUAAAAUUAAAUUGCAAACAAUUACACAAAUACAAUUGUUACAUGAUAUAAUUACAUUGUUUUAAUGGAAAGAGAAACAAAGAGGAAAAAAAAUAAAAGUUUAUCAAAUUGUUAAA